UGAAAUUUACAAACGUAGGGCGCUCGCUUCGGAUGUUAAGGCGUGAUUAUCGUUAUCAUUUUCAGAAGAUGGAUUAAUUUACGUUUUCAUUUUAGGUGUGUUGGUUAACUGUCAAGUAGAAAAAUGACAGAAGAGUCGGCUGUCAAGGUUUGCGUUCGAGUCCGUCCGCUUAUAGAGAGGGAAGAAAGUGCAGAGAGAACAGAGCCCGUCCAGGUGUACUGGAAAUCUAAUUCGAAAUCAAUUCAUCUGAUUGAUGAUGGGAAUUCCAACAAGAGCUUUAGUUUCGAUCGGGUGUUUGCUGCUGAAGAAACAACCAGUCAGCUGUACCAGAGCAUUGCAAAGCCUCUGGUGGUUUCCUCUGUUGAAGGAUACAAUGGAACCAUAUUUGCUUACGGGCAGACUUCCUCUGGAAAGACUUUCACCAUGAUGGGGAGUGACCUUACUCCUGGAGUGAUUCCUCUGGCUGUGGAAGAUGUCUUCCAAACCAUAAAAAAUUGUCCAAAGAAGGAGUUCCUUCUCCGGGUUUCUUACAUGGAAAUCUACAACGAGACUGUGACUGAUCUGCUUGUUGACAGCUGGAAGAGAAAACCUCUGGAAGUCCGUGAGACAAUCAAUAAAAACAUUUAUGUGGCUGACCUGACCGAGGAACUGGUAACAAAUCCUGAACAAGCCCUGGCCUGGAUUCGGAAAGGAGAAAAGAACCGUCACUAUGGAAAAACCAAAAUGAACCAGCGGAGCAGCCGCUCACACACCAUUUUCCGAAUGAUCUUGGAAAGCAGAGAAAGGAGUGACCCAGCAUCUGGUGAAAAUGCUGAUGGAGCCAUUAUUGUGUCUCAUUUGAAUUUAGUCGAUCUAGCUGGAUCUGAGAGAGCAAGUCAAACAGGAGCUGAAGGCGCACGCUUCAAAGAAGGUUGCAAUAUCAAUCGUAGCCUGUUCACACUUGGACAAGUGAUCAAGAAACUGACAGAUGAGAGCCAAAAGGGUUUCACCAACUACAGAGACAGUAAGCUAACCCGCAUCCUACAGAACUCAUUGGGUGGGAACGCUAAAACUGUCAUCAUCUGUACCAUCACUCCUGUCGCUCUAGACGAGACCCUCAGCACUCUGCAGUUUGCCAGCACUGCAAAGAAAAUGAAGAACGACCCUCAUGUGACAGAGGUGUCUGAUGACGGGGCUCUGCUCAAAAGAUACCGAAAUGAGAUCGUUGACCUCAAGCGAAGACUUCAUGAGGUUUCUUCAGUCACACACACAACAGCCACAGAGAAGGAGUUUCUCGCCCAGCUGCUCCAAGAAAAGGACCAGCUCCAGAGAGAGCAAGAGGACAGGAUCAAAAACCUUACGAAACUGAUCAUCACCAGCUCAACCCUGGUUCCUGUUCACAAGAUGCCAAAACGCAGAGUGACAUGGGGAGGAAAGAUGAUCAGACUGGCCCGUCCGUCUGUCUGUGGUGUUGGCUCAUCUGACCUCAGCUUUGCAGACCCUUUAACUCGAAAGAGGAAAGCAGACCGCUCCUGUUUAACGGAGCUGGGUGAAGAGGAUGAGAGCUUUGACUCUCACUGGGAUAUUCCUGAUGAGCCAUCAGAUGAAAUGGAGAUAAAUCAGAGUUCUGUGACUUUUCGAAGUUUCGGAGACAGUCCCAAAGACUUUGUGUCUCCAGACCGGAUGUAUGACCUCUCAGGAAAAGUGUCUAACCUUGAGCAGCAGCUGGAAAUGGAGACCCAACAGAAAAAUGAGGCCUUGGAAAAGGUACAAACAUUAGAUGGUAAAGUUGCAGAGCUGGAGCUGCAGCUUCAGACAGAGGCCCAGCAGAUGCAAGAGUUCCUGGAAAAAAUACAGACAGCAGAACAGAGGGCAGCUGAGCUGGAGCUGCAACUGCAGCUACAAACAGAGGCCCAGCAGAAAAAUGAGAUGAUGGAGAAAAUAAAAAUAGCAGAAGAGAGGGUGGCAGAGUUGGAACUGCAACUGCAACUGCAAGCAGAGGCCCUGGAGAGACACGAAAUCCUAGAGAAAGCACCGAUAGCAGAAGAAAGGAUGGCUGAGCUGGAGCUGCAGUUACAAUCAGAGGCCCAGCAGAAGAAUGAGACCCUGGAGAAAAUACACAUAGCAGAGGAGAGGGUUGCAGAGUUGGAGCUGCAACUGCAAAUGCAAACAGAAGCCCAGCCGAAACACGAGACCCUGGAGAAAAUACAGAUAGCAGAGGAGAGGGUGGCUGAGCUGGAGCUGCUGCUGCAAACAGAAGCCCAGCAGAAACACGAGACUACAGAAAAGAUGGAGAUGUUAGAAUUCCGAGUGGCAGACCUGGAAAGACAGCUGGAGGAGCAGAGCCACAUUCCAAGUGAAACUGAACAGAUGAGAAGAGAGUUUGCAGAGACCAUCCAACUGUGUGAAACUCUGGCUUCAGAGAAGGACACAGUGGUUGGUGAGCGAGACUACCUGAAAGAAGAGCUGGGGAUGUUCAUAGAGCAGAUUCAGAGUCUGGAGAAAGCAAACGCUGCUAUGUUACAGGAGCUGCAGGAGAAGAGAGAGACGGACGAGUUCGAGUCACUGGAGGAAGAGUUCAGGAAGGAGCACGAGAACAAGUUAAAAAAUGAAAUAUCUAGCUUGAAGAAGGCAGUUGAAUCCUCUGAGCUCCAGUGCCAGGAGCAUCAGAGAAAACUUGAAACUCUGACUGAGGAGCUAAAGAAGAAAAGUGACUUUGCAGAGGAACUUCAGAGUAUGAGCGGUAAGGACUUGGUGCAGGAAGUGGCGAAGCUUCGGCGCUCUCUGGAUGAUGCUGAGGGGCUCAGCAGAGACACAAAGAAGGAAUGGGCUUUCCUGCGCAGUGAAAACAUUGCGCUGGAGGAGAGAGUUGUUACGCUAUCUGUCAACCAUGAUAAGCUGGACAAUGAGGUAAACAGCUUGCGCUAUCAACUUGAGACAGAGAAGUCACGCUUCAGAAAGAUGCAGACAGAUCUCCAAAAAGAGCUGAACGUUGUGUUCGAUGAGAACACCAAGCUCACCACUCUUCUGGAUGGAAAAGUCCCAAAGAAUCUGAUCGACAGCGUGGAACUUGAGAGAACGGUAUCUAACCUUAACAAAGAGCUGACAGCAGCUCGUGAGGCAGAGGAAGCCCUCAGAGCUCAGCUGGAGGAACUGUCUUCAUUCCAGGCCCUCCCAGAGAAAGUGGACAGUUUGACAAAGCAGGUGUGUGAGUUGACUGAGGAGCUGUGUGCUGUUCAAACUCAAAGAGACGGCCUGCUCUCAAGUCAAGCUGAGUGUCAGGAGGAAGCUCAGCAACUCAGAGACUUCCUGCAGACAUCCCAGGAUGAGAUCCUGAAAAUCCAAGCAGACUCUAGUGCUGCUGCACUGAGGGAGAAGGAGCUGAGUGAGCAGUGUGCUGAUGUGACACGGCAGCUGGAUUCACUUCGCUCAGACCUGGAGCAAUCUGAUACCGAGAAGAGUCAGCUCAUAGCUACUAUGGAAGAGAUGGUCUAUAAACUGCAGGAGAGUGAACAACACAGAGCGUCACUGGAAGAUAAACUGAAUGAGAUGCAGCAGCUGAUGAAGGAUUUGGAGGAGAAGCUUGCUGACAGUGAAAAUUCCAGAAGCACAGAGGAAGAGAUCAGUAAAGAACUUCAAGAACAGGUGAAUCAGCUGACUGAAGAGCUCCAGUCUGUGCGAGCUGAGAAAGAACAGAAUGCUGAUGCUCAGACGUCUGCAGAGGAGCUGGAGAAGCUGCUCGCUACAGUUACAUCUGUCACUGCAGAGAGAGACCAGCUCCAGGUGGACCUCCAGGAAAAGGUGCAGAUGGCUGCAGAGACACAAGCUUGCCUACAAUCUCUUCAAGAUGACCUCCAAGAGCAGAAGCAGAAGAUCUCUGAUCAGAUGAAACUCAUUGAGCAGAAGGAAUCUGAUAUGCUGAGUCUUACACAGGAGCUUCAGAGUAUGCGAGAUGAGAAAGAGACUCUCCUGAUGGCCGGUGUUCAGAGCUCUGCAGAGGAGAUGGAGACGCUCCGAUCUACUGUGGCUUCUCUCACUGAAGAAAGAGACCAGCUCAAGAUGGACAUGCAGGAGAAUGUGGAGAUGAUGAUUGAGAAUCAGGAUGAGCUGAGAGCAGCCCUGGAGAGGAAUCGUGAACAGAAAGAGCUGAUCAAACAGCUGGAGGCUGCUCAAACAUCCAAACAGGACGGUCUUCCCAGUGAGAUGAGUCCACAGCUAGAGGAGCUGCAAACACAUUUGAAGACUCUGACUGCGGAGCUUGAGUGUGUGAGGGCAGAGAGAGACGGUCUGCUCUCUGAGAAGGAAGCCAGCUGUCAGACAUCCACAGAGGAGAUGGAGAAGCUGCUGAGCAGAGUGACGUCUCUCAGUGAGGAGAGAGAUCAGCUGCAGGAGACGCUGGAGGGACUGAGACAGGAGAAGCAGCAGCUGAAAGCAGAGCUGGAGGACAGGAUGGAGGUGGUUGCACUAGCCCAUGGUGGGUUCAACCAGCCACACAUGCUGUCAUCAGAACUCCAAGCACAUGAUGCGACAGUAACCCAACUUCAGCAAGAGAUAGAACAACUACAGGCAACUCUACAAACCAUCAGUGAGCAGAAGAGCCAGUUGGAAGGUGAUCUUCAGCAAAAUAUGGAGAUGGCUACAGAGACUCAAAGCCUUCUACAUUCAUGUCAGCAGCAGCUCCAAGAGCAAAAUCAAAGAAACAUUGACCUGGAAAGAGUAAACCAAGAGAGGCAAGCCCAGCUGGAACAACAGGUUGCAGAAACUCAGAGUCUUCUACAUUCUCUUCAAGAAGAGCUCCAAGAGCAGAAGCGAAGGAGCUCAGAUCAUAUGAUACUCUGUGAGCACAAGGAAUCUGACUUAGAGCAGCAGAUGAAGACUUUGACUGAGCAGCUUGAGAGUGCACGAGCAGAGAGGGAUGCCCUGUUGUUCGAGAAGGAAGCCAGCUGUCAGACAUCCACAGAGGAGAUGGAGAAGCUGCUGAGUAGAGUCUCGUCUCUCAGCGAGGAGCGAGAUCAGCUGCAGGAGACACUGGAGGGACUGAGGCAGGAGAAGCAGCAGCUGAAAGCAGAGCUGGAGGACAGGAUGGAGAUGAUGCAGUGUGAGUUCCAGCAGCAGCUCAGCUCUGAGCAACAGUCACUGAAAGAAGAACACGAGGAACAGCGACUUCUGCAGAUCCAACAGUUGGAGGAACAACUGGAGAAAACAAAGGAGGAAACAAGCCAGAUGAAGUCUGACCUUCAAGAAAAUGUAGAACUGAUGAUUGAGAACCAGGAGGAGCUGAGGGUGUCCCAGGAAAAGAUCAAAGUCCUACAAGAUGAGAUCAACAUGCUGAGGAGCCAAAAGGCAGAGCUGGAGAGCAACGGAGAGAGUACCUGCCAGUCACAGGAGCUCCAAAACCAGAUCCAAAUCCUGAUUAAGGAGCUUGAGAGUGUGCGAGCAGAGAGAGACGGUCUCCUGUCUGAGAGGACGGCCGAUGCUCAGAAUCACAGCGAGGAGAUGGAGAAGCUGCUGAGCAGAGUGACGUCUCUCCGUGAAGAGAAAGAUCAGCUGCAGGAGACGCUGGAGGGACUGAGACAGGAGAAGCAGCAGCUGAAAGCAGAGCUGGAGGACAGGAUGGAAACACUGCAGGCUGAGAGUGUCCAGCUGAGUGUGUCUCUACAGACUGUCACUAAGCAGAAGAAGCAGCUGGAAGAUGAUCUGCAGCACAACAUGAAUGAGGCUUCAACAACACAAGAGCUUCUGAAGUCAGUCCAAGAAGAGCUGUGUGAACUGAAGCAGAUUAACUCUGAUCUGGAAAAACUGCGACAGGAGAAGGAAUGCUCUUUAGAUCAGCAGAUAAGGACUUUGACUGAGAAACUGGAGAGUGUUGAGGCCGAGAGAGACGGUCUGCUCUCUGAGAAGGAAGCCAGCCGUCAGACAUCCACAGAGGAGAUGGAGAAGCUGCUGAGCAGAGUGACGUCUCUCAGUGAGGAGAGAGAUCAGCUGCAGGAGACACUGGAGGGACUGAGACAGGAGAAGCAGCAGCUGAAAGCAGAGCUGGAGGACAGGAUGGAAACACUGCAGGCUGAGAUUUGGAUUCUAUCUGAGAAACUUGUAAGCGUUGAAACUGAGAGAGACGGUCUGCUUACUGAGAAGGAAGGCGGCUGUCAGACAUCCACAGAGGAGAUGGAGAAGCUGCUGAGCAGAGUGACGUCUCUCAGUGAGGAGAGAGAUCAGCUGCAGGAGACACUGGAGGGACUGAGACAGGAGAAGCAGCAGGAGAGAACAGAGCUGGAGGACAGGAUGGAAACACUGCAGGCUAAGAUGCAGCAGCUCAACCAGCAGCUUCAAAUGUGCACAGAGAAGCUAACUCGUACUGAAGCUGAAGCCCACACCACACAGCAGUUGCUCAGUAACGCAAACUCAACCAUCUCAGCACUCCAAGAACAGCUGAGCACCAGGGGAGUCCAGGAGACAAUUUCAUCACGGCUGCAGGACUCUACAGGGCAACUUCAGGAGUCCUUCAGAAGAUUCCAGCACUUCAUAGACACUUGUUCAAAGUUUAACUCUCAUAUGGACAAGACCCUGCGAGUAGAGAAGCACCCCUCUCUAAUCCCUCUACCAAAAGCCACCAUGAACACCUACAGCGCUGUCUGUAAUCUGGGACAGCAGAGUCUUCAAAGUCUGGGCCACAUACUGGCUCACCUACAGCCGCAGGCACAGAUCUACAGGGCUCUAUUUGAGGAGCUGGUGAAGAAAGAUUUGGCCGUUUUUGAGGUGAGGCGUCAGCACGACUCGCUGCUGUGCAAAGUGCAGGCAUCCAGCGACUCUGUCCAGGACGAGGACUUCAGCACACUCUUGGAACACAACCUGACUGAGCUGCUGGACAAGAGGCAGCUGUACCUGCAGAAAAUGGCCAGCAUUUUGGAGAAGCUCCGGUCCAACAUGGCUUGCCUCCCCAGUGAGCUGUCAACUGAGGCCAAAGAGAGGGAGAGGUUCAAGGAGCAGCUGCAGUCUGCAAUGGCCAAAGAGCCGAACAACUACAGCGGACUGGACAGCAUCCUGCGCUCUGAGCUGGAGCGCAGAUCCGCAGUGGUGCAAAGCAGGAAGAUGACUCUACAGAGCAUCAUCAGUGACCACGAUGGUCUGUGUCAGGAGCUGAAGUCACUGGAGGCUCAGGCUGAUUCUCAACUCAGAGAGGGGAAAAGCAAGAGUUCGACUCUGCUGCAGGCGUCACAGGGAGCUCCUCUGAAAGCAGAGCUCUCCCAGCUGAAGGACAACCAGCAACUUCUUCUUCAGCUCCAGCAAACUGAAGAAAAAGUCAAAGCUCUGUCUGUACAAAACGAUCAGCUGCGUGAUGCGCAGAUCAAAGCCAACAACAGGGUGUCCAACCACAAACAGGCUACCCAGCUCCUGCAGACGGAGCUGCAGGACAGCCGUGCACAGGUGGAGGAGAAAGAGAACACAAUCCAAACUCUCCGGAACAAACUGCGAGAGUCUGAGAAAAAUGUCCCACCCACUGCUGUUGAGAUGGAAAACCUCCGGAAAAAAAUGUUCAAAAUGGAGGUGGAGCUGACUUCAGCUUCUGAUAAACACCAACAAGAGAUCCAGAGGAUGACCACACUACUGAAUGAAAAGGAACAUUCAAUGAGGAAGCUGAAGGAGGCCUUGAGGAAAUCACAGCAGCAAGGAGAGGAGUCGUUCCUGCAGGGUGAAGACCUUCAUGCCCGACUGACCGACCCCAAAGGUGGGGUGAUCAAGAGCAGCGUUAUGCUGGAGAAAACCAAACUUGAGGAGGAAAUCAAACAGCUUCGUCUGAAAAUAACCGGGUUGGAAAGCUUGGUGUCCAGUCAGCAGGCAGAGAUCAGCAAGUGGAAGAGCAGAGCCAUCAAGUUAAAGGUGAAGACCAAGAAUGACAAUCCUUCACCACCCUGCACUCCCACCAAGAGAGGCCUCCCCAUGACCUCAGACUCCUCCAACUUCCUCAACUCACCCAAGAAGUUCCUGGUUACUCCCAGGAAGGUCCUGGACUCUCCCAGGAAGGUUUUGGAGUCCCCCAGGAAGCUGCUGGACUCUCCAAAGGCCAGUCUGCUUGACUCGCCCAAAAGCAGAUUCUUUGAUGUGGGUGGAAGCUCAGAGCUGCUGUCCAAAUCCUGUCCCAAGCAGUUCUUUGAUAACUCGAGCCUUGGAACCAUUCCAGAGGUUUCCAAUGUUCCUGACACAUCAGAUGCAGAGAUGGAUGCAGCUGUGGGUGCAGACAGGAAGGAGGAGUGGUGGCCUCAGUCUCCAAAGCAAGAGGACAUGUGUAAAACCCAGUGAGACGUCCCACAUGUGCAAUAUUUUUAUGUCUUAAUGUGUUUAUCUUUUCAGUGUUCUAUGUUUAGUGUGUGACUAAUAAAGUUUGUCUUGAUCAACGAGA